AUGGCUGUUAUGAAAGUGUUUAAUAUCAAACGUCAUUAUGAGACACACAAGUCAUUUGCCGAAAAAUUCCCAUUGGGUACUGGCCUUCGUAAAAUAAAAAUUGAAAAUCUAAAAAUGAAAUAUAAAUCGGCAACUCAAAUUUUGAGCCAUACAAUGACUGAACAACAGAAAUGUGCACAGGCAUCUUUACAAAUGUCGUGGAUACUCGGUAAACAUAUGAAGCCAUUUACAGAUGCUGAUAUUUUUAAAGAAUGUAUGCUUCAAUCUGUAAAUGUUCUGUUUGAAAAUAAAAAGGAAAUUGUCGAAACUUUUCGUCAUAUCCCAAUAAUAUCAGCAUCCACUAACACGAGAAAUACUGAAGUACUGGCCAAAGAUUAUCACAAUCAGUUGAAACAAGAUCCAUCUACUGUUGAUUUUUAUUCUAUAUAG